GAGAAGGAGCCCGAUACACUUCAUAGCAAGACACUUUCUCCCAGGCACACCCUCCUCCUUCCCCAAAACAGGCCCCUCCCCUUCAGCCCAGGCCCCUCCCACUUUCUCCCCUCCGCUCUGUCCCAGUGCAGAAGCCUAACUUCCAGCGCUUGGUGCUGCUACAGCACUGCUGCCCGGAGAGGGACUGGCACAGAGGGACUGGCACACGGGGACUGGCACAGGGGGACUGGCACAGAGGGACUGGCACAGGGGGACAGGGAUCCUUCCCUAUAGGAACUAGGGGAUCCGGCUGCUCCGGGGCAAGGGGGGCUCACUGGGAGCCUGGCUGCCCGCAAUCUCCGGACCGGACAGAUGAGCAGUGGCCCAUGCUGGUUGCCGAGUAGGACCCGUACUGGGUAUGGAAACCAAUUCCCGCUCUGGGGGGACAAGCGUCUUUUGCUUAGUGAGGUACAAAGGGAAAAUUAAAAACUGAGAGGUUGCCACCGAAGCAGCGGUGAGGCCGAAGAGCCAUGCCUUUCGGGCUGAAGUUACGGAGAACCAAACGUUACAAUGUCUUGAGCAAGAACUGCUUUGUGGUGAGGAUCCAACUGCUGGAUAACUCGGAGGUGGAGUACACGCGUACAGUUGACAGCACCGGAUUAGAAUGUCUGGAGGCGGUGGCACAAAGACUGGAAUUGUGUGAGAUUCACUGCUUUGGGCUGCAGUACGUUGGCAAGAACAACCAAAUGCGAUGGGUGGAACUCGAGAAAUCACUGAAGAAGCAACUGGACAAAUUUGCCAACAAGUUUCUUGUUUUCUUUGGCAUAAUGUACUAUGUGCCCAAUGUGUCCUACCUAAAGCAACCCACAACCAGGACCCAGUAUUACUUACAGCUAAAGAAAGAUGUGUACGAAGGCCGUCUGUGUGGUUCUGCCGAGCAGUAUUUCCGGCUAGCUGGGCUAGCACUUCGAGCGGAAAUCAAGGAUUUUGACCUGCUGGGAACGUACCACUUUCUCAAAGAUUACACGUUAUUUCCUCAGGCAUGGACCAAAGAUGAAGCUAUGCUGGAAGGAUUAUGUCAUAAAGUCGCUCUUGAAUACAAAGCUCUUAGUGGCAUCCCGUCAGCCGAGGCUGAGAUCUUGUACUUAAAAGAAGCGGAACAUAUGGAUGGGUAUGGCCAGGAAAGCUUUCAUAUGAAGGACAAUCACGGAAACGAUAUAAAUCUUUGUAUUUCUUUCAUGGGGAUCUUCAUAAGAAAUAACUGCCGACAAGCCACAGCCACUUACAGGUGGAGUGACAUUGGGAACAUCACCCACAACAAGUCUGCAAUUGUCCUAGAACUGAACAGAAAGGAAGAGGUGGUGGUCUUUAGUACGGACGACAUUGAAAACAGUAAAUACAUAACCCGGCUGUUUGCCGCCAGGCACAAGUUUUAUAAAGAUAACAAAAUCUGCACCGAACAGUCAUCGUCUCCACCAGCAGUGAGGCGCCAGCCCAAUUGGAACAGAUCCUCCAUGUCAAGGCAGCAGACGAUCCUGCCACCCAGGCACAUUCAUGGUGGGGAGACUUAUAUCUCUGAAGACAACAUUUUCCACAUGAACGAGGAUGCAUUUAAUUACAGGUCCCAGACCAGUUUAGAUCGGUAUCUGGACCCUAAUUUCAUUAAUGGCACAUUAGUAAACGGAAGUGAUUCCAGUGCUCACAGCAUAAACUCCUUGAACCGUUCACAGAAUUUCAUUCAGGCUUCUCCCAUGUCCUCCAGUCUGAGCAUCCAAAGCAACGACAUCAUGAGGGCUGACUAUAUCCCCAGUUACAGACAUAGCGCCAUAAUAGCGCCUUCCUACCGCCCAACGCCAGACUAUGAGACUGUAAUGAGGCAAAUGAACAGAGGGAUAAUUCCCAUGGAUUGCCAAAGUCAGUCAUUAAGAAACCUUAACAUUGGCAAUACACAUGCUUACAGGCACCGGGAAAACUUGGUGUACAGUCAACCUGAAAUUCAGGAGAGGCAUGCCUAUGUCCCACCAUAUGUACCUCAGACAGCCUAUACCAAUGUCCUUAUCAAUCCCAUUGAACAAAUAAACCCAACCAAGGUGACAUCGAAUCAAGCGAAAGCUAUUUCCCACACGGUCAGCACACCAGAACUGGCAAAUGUACCACCGCAGGCUGUUCAGUCUGCAGCCCUUAUGCUAAAGAACUUCUUAUCAAGGCCCCCACCUCCCUAUCCCCCUACACGUCCUGCCAGCAGCACCCCUGAUUUAGCAAGUCAUCGGCAGAAACGCGUCAGCGGCAGCAGCCCUGAUUUAGUGACCAGAAAAGUUCAACAGUCGGUUAAAACAUUCCAAGAGGACAGCGCGCCUGUAGUGCACCAGUCUCUCCAAGAGGUCAGCGAGCCCUUAAUGAUGGUUAAACCUCACCCGUCGGUGAACAAGUGCCACAGCUUUGAAGUCAUUACAAACAUGGUACGUGGAAUGGAAGCCAUGGCCUUAAAGACAAUGAAUGCCCAUCUUCCACGUAGAAACACGCUACGGGAGCAGGUCCCCACAGAGGAAUCCAUGCAAAAAGCACAUGAGGUUCAGCAGCUCCCAAUGUACCACCAUAAGAAGAACAUUUCAGAUGCCACCAUGUUAAUACUUAGUAGUGAGAGCGAGGAGGAAGAAGAACCCCACAAAUCUGUAUCUCCGACAUCACCCCUCCAAGGAAUGGCUUAUAGUGCUCAGUUACAAGCGGCAUUGGCUCGGAUUCCAAAGAAGCCACCUCCAGAGUAUCCAGGUCCUAGGAAAAGUAUUAGCAAUGGAGCACUGAGGCACGAAUCCUCAAAUAUUUCCUCUGUUAUAGCCAGAGCCAAAGCAAUGAGCCAGAGGCCAUGCCAGGCUGCCUGUAUCUCUAAAACUGAACCGGCAGCUAUGAAUGGCUCCUCCCUCGGGCCUUCUAUUUCCGAACCCGACCUUACAUGUGUGAAAGAGAGGAUCAAGAAAGAACCGGUGAAGGAACGGCCGGUGUCUGAAAUGUUUUCCAUUGAGGAUGUGAUUGUGGAAAGAGAAAUAAUGAUGAGGAAUUUAGAGAAGCAAGAGAUGGCAGCGCUGGAAGCCCAGAAGAGACCCUUGAUGAUGGCAGCGCUGAAUGGACUCUCUGUUUCUCGCAUUGCUAGGCCAGAGGACAGGCAGGAUGACACAGCUUUGAUACAAAUGGAUGAGAGGUGCAAGACCUUGAGAUGGAGACUGGAGGAGGGAAUGGUGUUUACUGAAUACGAGCAAAUUCCAAAGAGAAAGCCAGAGGGUGUUUUUACUACUGCAGUGUUGCCAGAAAAUCUAGAACGCAACCGUAUCUGCGAGGAUAUUCCUUACGAAGAGAAUAGAGUCGAGCUUGUCCCAACCAAAGAAAACCCCACGGGUUACAUCAACGCUUCCCAUAUAAAGGUCACUGUGAGUGGGAAAGACUGGCAUUACAUAGCUACCCAAGGCCCGCUGCCCCACACCUUUCACGACUUCUGGCAGAUGGUGUGGGAGCAGGGGGUGAAUGUCAUUGCCAUGGUCAACGCUGAUGAGGAAGAGGGAAGAGCAAAGAGUCACCGGUAUUGGCCUAAGCUGGGAACCAAACACAACUCCGAAACGUACGGAAAGUUCAAAGUGACCACCAACUUCCGCACGGAUUCCGGUUGCUAUGCAACCACGGGUUUAAAGGUCAAGCAUCUCUUAACUGGUCAAGAGAGGACAGUGUGGCACCUUCAGUUUACGGAUUGGCCGGAUCAUGGCUGCCCAGAUGAAAUGCAAGGCUUCUUGUCCUAUCUAGAAGAGAUUCGCUCAGUGCGCCGCCAUGCCAAUCCCAGCAGCCUCUGUAACCCCCCCGUUGUAGUACACUGCAGUGCCGGAGUUGGAAGGACAGGGGUGGUUGUGCUCACAGAGCUGAUGAUUCGCUGCUUAGAAAACAAUGAGAACAUUGAGAUCCCGGCGAUGCUGAGGCACCUGAGAGAGCAGCGCAUGUUCAUGAUCCAAACCAUCGCUCAGUACACAUUUGUCUACCAAGUUCUCAUUUACUUCCUGAAAAGUUCCAGACUCAUCUGAUAGAAUGUGGAAUGGUGGGGGGGGAACUCUGCCCAGGGAACGGGCAAAUGCCGUCACGGCACGACUCCUCGUGGGCAGGACUGAACGCUGCCCGGAGACUCCUCCUCUUCUCAUGUUAGAGCGGCACAAACACACACAGCGCCCCCUGUCUGUGAGUCUCCUGAAAUUAUUGUAAUUUUUUUUUUUAUUUGUAAAAAAAAUUAUUUAUUUUUCUUGAAUUUUAGUAAUUUAUGUUCAGAUGAAAUGAAUCUGCUUACUGCUGCAUUGUGUACACUAGCUUUUUUUAAUUCUGAAUUUAAACAUGUCUUUUUGUUUUUUUUUACAUAACAAGCUCUCAAACACUAAGCAAAACAAGCAAAGCUCCACUUCUCCUGCCUGGUAGUAUGCCUUUGAGAAAUCUAUUUAUAUUCACUAUUUCUAUAGGAUGAGCCGUGAAUAAACUGUAAAAUAUAUUUUUUUUAUAAGCGG